CCGGUUCGGUACCAAGUGUGCCCGCUGUGGCAGGCAGAUCUACGCCAGCGACUGGGUGCGGCAGACCGGUUCUGCUGUGUGUCUCCCUGAAUGGCUCCGGUUCGGUACCAAGUGUGCCCGCUGUGGCAGGCAGAUCUACGCCAGCGACUGGGUGCGGCGAGCGCGGGGCAACGCCUACCACCUCGCCUGCUUCGCCUGCUUCUCCUGCAAGCGGCAGCUCUCCACCGGCGAGGAGUUCGGCUUGGUGGAGGAGAAGGUGCUGUGCCGGAUCCACUACGACACCAUGAUAGAGAACCUCAAGCGAGCGGCAGAGAACGGCAAUGGGAUCACGCUGGAGGGGGCCGUGCCCUCGGAGCAGGACAGCCAGCCGAAGCCAGCCAAGAGAGCUCGCACCUCCUUCACCGCCGAGCAGCUGCAGGUCAUGCAGGCACAGUUUGCUCAGGACAACAACCCCGACGCACAAACGCUUCAGAAACUUGCAGACAUGACGGGGCUGAGUCGGAGAGUCAUUCAGGUUUGGUUUCAAAACUGCAGAGCUCGCCAUAAAAAACACACCCCGCAGCACACGGUGCCGCCCUCGGGAGCUCCCCCGUCCCGGAUCCCCUCCUCGCUCUCUGAUGACAUCCACUACUCGCCCUUCAGCAGCCCAGAGCGCGCCCGGAUGGUGACGCUGCACGGAUACAUAGAGAGUCAGGUACAGUGUGGACAAGUGCACUGUAGACCUCCCUACACUGCUCCACCAGUGCACCUCAAAGCAGACAUGGAAGGACCACUAUCUAAUAGGGGUGAGAAGGUCAUCCUCUUUCAGUACUGA